CAAAUUGUUGUAAAUAAGACAAAAGAUUAGAGUUGACAUGUCGAAUGAUCAUGCAAAAGAGGAAUGUUUUGCCUUUGUGCCAGUGGCGGAAGUGGGAUUGUAAUAGGUUAAAGUGGCUGGAGCAGCAGAGGAGGGGCUGAGUGUCGCUGAAAGGAGAAGCGCUUCACUCAGAGAAAGCAGAACAACACACCCGAGCCCUACACUUCACUUCCAUCCAUGCUCGUCUUCUUCCCUUCUCUCCGCUCGCAUUUCUUCCUUUCUUUCAGUUCAUUUAUUUGUUCCACAAAACUCGGCAGCAGGGCGUUAUUUUUCCGCUCGUGGAGAAGAGAUGCUCGGGCUCGGACUGUAGCGGCACCAAAGCGCUGUUUAGUUCCGCACCGGGCGAGGAAUGCCAUCUGAGCCUCAAUGUUUCACUGGGCCAAGUGGAAGAAGAGGAUGGGCGCGAAUAGCUCCUCUAAGAGACCGGUCUUCGACGAGAAAGAGGACGUGAAUUUUGAUCACUUCCAGAUUCUCAGAGCCAUUGGAAAAGGCAGCUUUGGGAAGGUGUGUAUUGUGCAGAAGCGGGACACAGAGAAGAUGUACGCCAUGAAGUACAUGAACAAGCAGCAAUGCAUAGAGCGAGAUGAGGUCCGAAACGUCUUUAGAGAGCUAGAGAUCCUACAGGACAUUGAACAUGUUUUUUUAGUCAACCUCUGGUAUUCCUUCCAGGAUGAGGAGGACAUGUUCAUGGUAGUAGACCUGUUACUGGGAGGAGAUUUGAGGUAUCACUUGCAGCAAAAUGUCCAGUUCACAGAGGAUGCGGUUAAGCUCUAUCUGUGUGAGAUGACCCUGGCACUGGACUACCUGCAGAGCCAGCACAUCAUACACAGGGAUAUUAAACCAGACAAUAUUCUUCUGGAUGAACAAGGUCAUGCCCAUCUGACUGACUUCAAUAUUGCUACAAUUAUCAAAGACGGAGAAAGAGCAACGGCUUUAGCUGGAACCAAGCCAUAUAUGGCUCCUGAGAUUUUCCAGUCGUUUGUAAGUGGUGGCACUGGCUAUGCGUUUGAAGUGGACUGGUGGUCAUUAGGGGUCACCAUAUUUGAGGUCCUGCGAGGAUGGAGGCCAUAUGACAUCCAUGCCAACAACUCAGUGGAGUCUCUAAUGCAGCUCUUCAGCACAGUCAGCGUGCAGUACUGUAACUCCUGGCACAAAGACCUCAUCUCCCUGCUGCGUAAGCUAUUGACAGUAAAUCCAGAGCAUCGAUUCUGCAGCCUUGCCCACAUGCAAACAGCCCCCUACCUCUCAGAUGUAAACUGGGAUGCUGUCUACGAGAAGAAGAUGGAGGCUGGAUUUGUUCCAAAUAAAGGGCGCCUGCAUUGUGACCCCACCUUUGAGCUGGAAGAGAUGAUUUUAGAAUCUCGUCCGCUACAUAAGAAGAAAAAGCGUCUGGCCAAGAACAGAUCAAGAGACAACAGCAAGGAUUCCCAAUCUGAGAAUGACUAUCUACAGGAGUGCCUUGAAGUCGUGCAGCAAGAGUUUGUGAUCUUCAACCGAGAAAAGCUGAAGAGGAGACAGGAGGAAGGCUGCAUGGUGGGAGAAGGAGAGGGGGCAGAGGGAGAAGUUGAAGGAGAAGGCGACCCUGACCGAGAGGGAGAAGAGGCAGAGGGUGGGACAGAGGAUGAAGAAACCGAGCCCGAACCCGAGACCUCCAAACUGAGCAUGUGCGGCUCGGUGUGCUCAUCUCCAGGCAGCUCAUAGAUCUACAGGCACAGCACCUCCUGCUGGUCUCUUAGGUGUCACUGCGCUCACCAUGCCUAUAAAGCCCUAACUGCACCUGGCACAAAAAAUGUGCACCCCAUUAGGGCUCCAAAAACAUCUUCUCUUUCUCCAUCCCAGUUUCAUUCAUCUCAGCACGGUUGGGCUCUGCCCAUACGAGCAUUACGACAUGGCCUCCAUUUUCUCUUUCUCUACAUGACCUCUAGAGUAAGCUCAAUCUUCUAUGCAACAUUAUCUGUACAGCAUGAUGUAAAGUAGACAUUUUAGAACUAACAAGCCGCACCAAGAACGCAUGAAGACAACACAGAGCAGUAGGACUCUGCCGUAAGAAUGUUACCAUGACAAGGGCGGCCAAAUGAGAAUGCCGUUUCUGUAUUAAUUAUGAAUAGGUAAAAACACUCUGAACUUUAGACUUGCUAUGUUUGCUCUUUCAGCUGCUCCCUCUGAAAGUGGCCUGCUAUUUACUAGUCAUUAAGCAUUCAGUUCAUUUCUAUAGAUCUAAUUCCCAGAUAGCAAGUGAGUGAUGAUCCAGUGCCCACCCACACACAUACCUCUUUCAUCCAGCACACAUUCAAACACAAUGACACCGUACAGUAUCUCAGGCAUGAUAUAGCGCAUUUGGGCCACUUUUGGUCCAAAACUGAAACACUGCACAAGCUUUAGAUCUAGUUUAUUGCAGUGGGUUUUUUCCCAUUCAGACAAAUGCCAGGAAAACCUUAAAAGUGGCUGUUUACAAACCCACUUUUGGAUUACAACACACUUCCCAUUGUCAUAUCUGACUCUAAUGUGCCUAAACCCAACAUUUGGCCUGGAAUCAUCUGCUAUCUGGGAUUAAUUGCUUGGCAACUAAAUAAAAAAGAGCCAGAUUUAAAAUUGUCACUCUUACAGAAAUGACUUGAGUGACCAUGGGACUACAACUGUCAUGUUCUUGAAUGUCUGGGGAAAAAAAAUGUUCAUGGUAUGUCAAGUAAAUACAUUGAAAAAAAAUCUAACUUCAGAGACUUCCUUAACCUUAUGUCAGAAGUUGUUAAGGUGUUAAUGUUAAUGGCUUGGUUAUUUCUGUAUCUCUGUCUUGAUAAACUUGCUGCUUCUGGCCAGCACUCAGUUCAGUGA